CUUGUGGAGCAGAGAGCUCCUCAAGGUGUCAGUGUGGCCAGGAUAUACCAACAAAUUGGUUCAUUUGAGCUUGUGUUGGUUCACAAGUGUAGUUUGCUAGCAAAUAAGCUAGCUCUAGACACUGCCAGCACAUCUGGGGAUAUGGAUUUUGGCUUUUGCUUUCGAUUGGCUGUACUCGUAUUUGCGAUGUCAACUGCACAUUGUGCUAGCAUUCCUGAUGGAGUUCUUCAUAUGGAGUGUCAUGAUCGUUACUUCAUGAUAGCUGUUGACCUCUCCUUCAGUAAGGAGGAACCUCGCUUUGAGGCAGUAGAUGAAACUGGCGUGUACCCCAUCACUGAAAAGUAUGCAGCAGAAUGUGGUUACAGCAUCAAUGUUCACCCUUUACCGAACCAUGUAGAGCUCAGGGCUUCAUACCUCAGCUGUCACACUGACAACCAAGCUGAUGAAGUGUUCACAUUCAACUUAAACCUGAUUGUGACACAUGAAGGAAAAGAGGUCACCCAUGCCUUGAACAAAACCUGUUCUCCCUCUGUCCCCUGGUCUCCCAGAGAGGUCACCUGUGAGCUGAACUACAUGGAGGUGUCUGUGAGGAGUGAAAUCAGCUGUCCAUCUGGGCUGAAGAAAGAUGACUGGGAUUCCAUCAAACCUGCUCAUGGCUCCACCACUUCAGACUGGCAGGUGAUGUUUCAAAAGGCGGAUGAGCAACUCCCUCCUCUUAACCUCUCUGAAGCUCGUACACAGGGCUACACGUUUUCUCUGACAGAUGGGAGGCUUGUAUUUCGUACACCAUAUGGACAACCUGACUCAUUCAGCACUGAGGUGAAUGGUGUCCCAGUAGAGGUUGUCCAUGCGACUCUGUUCUCCAGACAAAGCUGGGUUGUCCUCAUGGUCGACCUGGUAGCUGCUUGCUCCAUGGAUGAAGGGUCGUAUGACGACAGUGGCUACAUGAUGUGGGUGACCUCUGAGGCGUUGUACCCCAGUACUCACAGCACACGCCUCAAUAUUGGACUCGGUGGCGAACUAGUGGCGCAACCAGUUGCGGAGGACAAGGGCUACUUUGUGGAGAAGCACAACACCACAGUCCAGAUCAGCAUCCCUUAUAAUGUUGAUGGUGGAUACAGGAAGAGUUUUUUCUCUGAAGACCUCUUCGAGUUCUACGUCUUCCACUUGUAUCUGGAACAAAUCUUGGUGGAUGAGGAUCUGGUAGAGACCAGGCUCAGGUCCCACAGGACUCUCUCUACGCCAAUGCUGUCACGCUCUCCUGUCACUGAAAACCAAACUGUGCUUGAGGAUCGAGUGUUUACAGUCCACCUCGGAGAUCUCCCUGAAGAUGUCUUGUUGGCUGCUGUAAAUUUGAACGGGCAAGACUUUAUGUUGCCAUUCAUGAAUACGAGCAGCAGCAUCAUGAUGGAAGUUGUUCACUCCAACAACUCUCAUGGCUACACUCUGAAGGUGCCUUUUGAUGACCCUGUGGUCAUGCAUCAGCUCUCUAAAGAAGAUGCAGUUCUUCAGUACAGCCUGGACAUCAACUACACACUAACAGUGCAGCCUGACAAUGAGACUUUUUACCACAUGGCAUUCAUUGAGGCAACUUUCACUGAUGUCUCUCCUCCAGCCUUUGACGCCGUCUGUUCCGAGUCCGGCAUCAGCUUUAAACUGGACCACCGGCCUUUUGACUACAUGUGGGUGAUCAGCAUAGGCUCAGACCCGCUGACUUCAGAGUUGGCGGCCCAGAAUGGCUACAUCAUGAGCAAUGACAGCCAGAGCCUGCUGCUGGAGGUGCCGCUCUUCAGUCAUGGCUACGAGUACAAGGAAUAUACUCUGAAUGGAUUCUCUGGUACGUUCGAGAUCCUCAUGCAGGAUCAUGAAACAGCUGAGGUCCAGAGCUCCACUGUAAAGACUUGUCGUUUCUCUUCUACUGAAUUCAUCCUGUGUUCAACUGAUGGGAAGAUGACUGCAGUGGCUGAUGUGUCUCUGGCCAUGCCAAGUGGAGGAAAUCCUGCGAGAACCAACCUUGUAGACAAAUACUGUGGACCCAAAGAGACAGACGGCACCAGGGCUCUCUUCUCUUUCCCGCUCAACAGCUGUGGAUCCACCGUCAAGCUUGACAGGGGAAGUGUGACCUAUCAGAAUGAGAUUUUCUACAAACGGAGGAACGUCAAUAAGAAAAAUGCAGUUUCUGAUCAGGCUACUGAGAGAGUGAUGAUCCAGUGCACGUAUCCUCUGGCUGGUCUCCAUCGCCUCUUCUCCGUCUAUAGAUUUGAGGCUGAUGCAGUCGGUGCUGGCAGCAUCAUUCACACUAAUGGGUCCACUUUAGCUUUCCAGAGUUCCACCAUCAAGCCAACCAAAGCACUUACAACCACGGCUGCCACCAGACGACCAUUUAGAGCGCCUGUCUCAUACCAGCCAGCCUUCCACCCCCCUGCUCGUUACAUCAAAGUCUCCAGGUUUAACAAACCUAUACGUGCUGCAACAAAAGAUGCAGAAAGAAACUCUCAAGUGAAAGUUGAUGUUUCCAAAGUUUAGGGGGAGUACAAUUUUAAAAGAAAUGGAAAUUGAAUAAAGUGUUUUUCUAAUAA